GAUGUCAUCAGAACAGCCAUGCUGGGUCUCUCCUUUCAGUUACACAGAGGGAGGGAGCCUGUGUGUUACAGAGGGAUAAGGGGAGAGGGAGGAUAAUGUGUGUGUGGCCAAGGAAAAGGCAGGGUGUUUAAGAGUGAGAGAGGACAGAAGCAGAAGUUUUGAAAAAGACUAGUUUACUAGAGGGAGAAUUGUGAGCGAGAGGAACAAAGGCUACGGAGAAAAAUAGGAAUACAGAAAGGGAGAGGGAGAGAGGGACAGAAACAAAGUUAUAGCAGCUGUUUCAGACCAUCAGAGAGCGGACUGAGCCAAAGGGAACAAGAGAGAGUUUCUGUGUCAUGGGCAAAUCCGCUUCUAAGCAGUUUUCAGAGGAGGUGUUGCGGAGUCACAAUGAGUAUCGUAGGAAGCACCAGACACCCCCUCUGAAGCUGAGCAGCAAGCUGAGUAGCGAUGCCACUAGGUAUGCUGAGUCUCUGGCCAGCACACGGAUCCUGAAGCACAGUGUUGAGUCCAGUAAGGGGAGCUGUGGCGAGAACCUGGCCUGGGCCUCCUAUGACCAGCCAGGGAAGGAUGUCGCUGACCGCUGGUAUGAUGAGGUCAAACAAUACAACUUCAACCGUCCCGGCUUCUCCUCUGGCACAGGUCAUUUCACAGCAAUGGUGUGGAAGGGCAGUAAGAAGCUGGGUGUGGGGAAGGCCAGUGCGCCAGAUGGUUCGUCAUUCGUGGUAGCCAGGUACUUUCCAGCAGGGAACAUCACCAACCAGGGACACUUUGACAACAACGUCCUGCCGCCCAAGGACUAAGGAACAUACUGACCCAUCCAAAAGACAUUUGCACUUUGACUUGUGACCUUGACUUAUAUAUAUGUAUAUGUAUAUGUAUAUGUGUGUGUGUGUGUGACAACCACUGUGACUUAACAAAUGCAUGAACAAAAAUAUAGGCAAACCAUUGACCAAACCAUGCCAGCUGUGCCUUCCGGAGGUGUACCAGCCACCCAACUGGGUUUCGACCUACUCAUUCCAUCGUUAGUGGGGGUGGGGAUUUUACACAUAGUAAAAUUUCUGGUUUAAAAAAAAUAGUACCAGUCCAAAAGUUUGGACACCUACUCAUUCAAGGGUUUUUCUUUAUUUUACUAUUUUCUAUAUUGUAGAAUAAUAGUGAAGACAUCAAAACUAUGAAAUAACACAUAUGGAAUCACGUAGUAAACAAAAAAAUGAUAAUUAAACUAAACUCGAUUUUAUAUUUUAGGUUCUUCAAAGUAGCCACCCUUUGCCUUGACGCCUUUACACUCUUGGCAUUCUCUCAACCAGUUUCACCUGGAAUAC